AUGUCAAGUAAAAGAGAAGGACCAACACCUCCAGAUGUUUUCGGACCACUUAAUUUUAUUAUUGGCAUAUGUAAUUGUUGGUGCACUUUACCUUCUCAAACCUAUUUUUUCAAUAGCGCUUGCGCUAUUUUUGGGAUGGUCCUCGAUCUCAUUUAUCUCAAGUACCUUUCAAAACGACUUAGCAUUAGUUUAAAUCGACAAGUUGAAACUUAUGAACAAAUAAUGGAUUAUCAAUUAUCACAUACGGGAGCAUCGUCUUCACUAGCAUUAGAUAUAAAAAAAGCCGAAUUAGCAACAGCCGAUUUAAGAACUUUAAUAAAAUAUUCAUCAUUAUCCACAGCAAAAGAAUUAGUAGAUAGACUUACAGAAUUUGUUGAUAAAGCUAAAAGUGUUGGUAGAGACUUACAAAUUUUACAAUCAAGAACAAGAACUUCAUUGGAUAAUUUGAUUACAUAUAAUAUAUUUGCUUUGAAAGCAUUAGAAGAUGUUAGAGAUAAUAAAAUUAGUGCCAAAGAAUUAGCUGCUGGUUAUAAUCAAAUGAUGACUUUGAUCGAAAGUGAUUUAAAAAGAAUGAUACUUGUUGCAACUGAAGCUCUGGGAAGUUUGGCAGAUUUGGAUGAAAUGUUAAUAGCGAUUCAUGACAUAACGACUCGUGAAGGAGCAUUUCAAAAAACCGAACGUACUGCAUUAUUUGCACAAAUGUGGACGAGACUUGGAGGCAAUUUUGUGAAAAGGCAAAUUUUUGAAGAAAAUUUACAAUUAUUAAAAGAUCUUGAUAAACAAAGACGUAUUGCAGUUUCUCAAAUACAAACAACAUUGUAUAGUUUAACUUCAUUUCAAUUAGAUUUAGAGGAAUUGAGAGAACAUGUUUCACGACCAUCAUUAGUCGAAAUGCCUAUUGAAGUUCAUAUCGAAAAUGUUGGAAAGGGAAUAGAGAGGUUAAGAACUAGUAAAGUCGCUUUAAGAAGUAAUGAUGAUGGUAUUAAGGCUAAGAUGAUUGAUAAUAUUAUGAUUGUAAAUAGUUGA